AUGGCUCCCGCCCCCAAGCUCGACAUCACGGUCGACAAGCCGACGCCCUACACCUUCGACCUGGGCCUGCUGCUGGCCAACGACCCGAACCCGCUGCCGGCGGCCGACCCGGCGGUGCCGCAGGAGGAGCGGCUGAGCGCCGUGGCCCGCGACGGCGCCCAGGCGCUGGUCAACCAGCUGCUGAGCACGCUGCCGCUGCAGUCGACCCAGGCCGGCGUGCUGCUGGACCUGCCGCCGCCCGCCACCGCCCUGCCGCGCGAGAAGCCGCUGCCCCCGGCCAAGGAGCAGACCAAGUGGGAGAAGUUCGCCGCCAAGAAGGGCAUCAAGCCCAAGACGCGCGAGCAGCGCCGCGCCAAGGCCACCCAGUUCAACGAGGCCACGGGCGAGUGGGAGAAGACCUGGGGCUACAAGGGCAAGCGCAAGGAGGGCGUCAUCCCCGACGACUGGGUCGUCGAGGUCAACGAGAACGGCGACAAGCUGGACGACAAGAAGAGCGGCGCCGCGGCCAAGAAGAGGAGGAAGGCCUGAGGAGGAGGAGGACUACUUCUGGUCAAGGUGGGAGAAGCACAGGGAUGGCGAUGA